AUGAGUAGGAUAAUUAUAAGGUUAAGAUGUGACAUAGGUCUUUAUCGUAUAGAGAUAGAGAAUAAUAAACAAUUAGUUGAUUUAAAAAAGAAAAUUGAAGAAUUAUUAUCUGUACCUAUAGAAAAACAAGAAUUAUAUUUAUUAGAUUCUUCUCAAGUGUUAUUAAAUGAUAACUAUAUAAAUUUAAUCGAAUGCAAAAUACAAAAUGGUAGUAUGAUUCAACUAAAGAGUGAUAUAAAACCAAGUACUAAAAAAAAAGAAGAGAAUGAAAAAAAAAAUAAAGAGAAUAUAAAAAAUAACGAUGAAAAUAAUAAAGAUUCAAAUGAUAAAGACGUGCUAAAAAAACAAAUGGAUUCUUUUGGUAUGCAAAAUAAAGGUAUUGAAAAUAAUAAUAUGAACAAAAUGUAUGACAAUAUAAAUAAUAACAAAAACAAUAGUAAUAAAUAUGACAGUAAUAAGAAUGAAAAUAAUAAUAAUGGUGAUGGUAAAAAUGGAGAAUCUAAACCAAAUUUUAAAUCUUUUGAUUAUUUUUUAAAACAAAGAGGUUAUAAUACCACAGAUUUGCCUCUCAAUUUAGAAUAUAAAUCUGUUUAUUUAUGUAAAGGUAGAGUUAAUAAAAUACCUUUAAGUAUUACUUUGAAACAUCAAGAAUAUAGACAUGUUGAUCAUUUAGAAUUAAUGAAUGUUGAAGAAGUAAGAAAUUUUGUUAAUUAUUGGUAUACAUAUAAUAAUAUGUUAGAACAAAGAAUGGGAUGGAUGUAUGGAUAUUAUAAAGAAGAUAAUCAUUACAAUUUAGGUAUUAGAGCUGUUUGUGAAUGUAUUUAUGAACCCCCACAAUAUUGUGAAGAUAAUAAAAUACAUUUAUUGCAAGAUGAUUUUCUACCUACAGUAGAUGUAAUCGCAGAAAGAUUAGGUUUAGAAAGAAUCGGAUGGAUAUUUACACAUCUACCAAGACAAGAAUAUCUUACAUCUGAUGAAGUAGUAAAUAUAGCUAAAAUACAAUUAAAGAAUAUUAAAAAAAAUAUGCAUUAUACUAAUUAUCCUAUUUCUAAUUUUAUUACUUGUACUAUCUCACCAGAUCCUCUAUUAAGUAAUGAACCAGUUACUAAUGCUUUUAUGGUUUCUGAUUUAGGUAUGGCCUUAAUGAGAGAUAAUCUAAUACAAGAAAAUCAAUUAGAUCCUUCACAUAUACAAUUAAGAAAUCCAAAUAAAAAUGAACUAUUACCACAAAUUUUAGAAGGAGGAAAAGAAACGAACAAAUUUGACACGGAUUGGUUUAUUGUACGUGUUAAUGAAUCAGCUCCAAAGGUCGAAAGAUCCAUUUUUAAAAAUUUCCAUUUUCCACGAGAAAAUAGACAACAUUUACAAUCAGCCUUUAAUGUUAAAGAAUAUUUUAGGAGUAAUAAAUUACAUAGAGGAACAAGAGGAAACCAUCAGUGUUCCGAUUUUCAUCUUAUCUUAUUUGUAGCCAAAGUUCUAGAUAUAGAAACAGCACUAGCUUUAUGUGACGCAACUUUAAAUAAAAAAGAAAUUGAUCCAAUUAUAGAAGAAAUGUUAACAUCAGUAAAGAUAUAG